CCGUGACAAGGUUGGAUGACAUGAGCUCGCACAACCGGAGCCAAAGCAGCGCGCGGCGCAGUGACUACGAGUGGCAAUAUGAAUACUACGACGAGGAGCCCGUCUCUUUUGAGGGACUCAAAGCACACAGAUACUCCAUUGUAAUCGGAUUCUGGGUUGGACUUGCAGUGUUCGUCAUUUUCAUGUUUUUCGUGCUCACGUUGCUCACAAAGACAGGAGCGCCACUGCAAGAAAGUACAGAUACCGAGAACCUGCCCGGUCCAGGCAACGGUCUCGUGAACAUCAUCAGUCAGAAAGACGACACCGACGACAUGACAGUUCCUCGUCCCUUUCUGGAGGAAUCCUGCCCCUACUAUAAUUCCUACAUCAGUGAAGAGGCGAAGCGAUGGCAAAAGCCCAAAGCGAAGCCCAACGGACCACGGGGGACCUUCAACAGGACCGGAGGUACCACCUGUGCGGUGCCUCAACAGGAGGAGCGCUUAGAUGAGCGGAAGACAGAAACGGACUUCUUGCCCCACUUCAACAUCCCAAACUUUAUCACCUUUGAGCACAACUCAUUGGGAGAAGAUGACCUGCUGUGUGAGUCACCGAUCACACCGGAAGAGAACAUUUGAGCCAUCCUCCAAAACGAUACCU